UAGAUGUUAAAGUGCGUCACAUGCCACCACCCGCGUUUCCCUCUUUACAAAAGGAAAAGCGAAGCCUCCCCUCUCUCGCUCUCUCUCAUCCAUCCGUCCGUCCAUCUUCCCAUCUUUAUCUUUUUCCUACACUUCUUGGGUCCACACCGACUCCUUCCCCCUCGGCUUCCUGUGACUUUGUCUCUCCCGAGCCCCCAAUCUCGUCUCUGAGAUCGAUCGUUUUCAGGAUUAACAAGUCGUCGGUGAGAAUAAGAGCGAUCUUUUUUUUAACCUCGUCUCUACAGUGAGAGAGAGAGAGAGAGGGGGGGAGGUGGAGAGCGGAGGGGCGGCGGCGGCGGUGGGUGAUGGUCGAAGGGGGAUUGGGGCGGGCGAUCGAUGUGGGAGUGGGGCUGGGUGGAGCGCAAGAUCGGCAGCUUGGUGGAGAAAUUGGGGGCUGACGGCGGCGCUUGGGUCUUGAGGCCGGGAGGCAGCCGGUGGCAUGUCGGCGUAGCGCUGGGUGUGACGGCCAUGGCCGGACUCGCCUUGGCCGCCACCCUCGUCAUCUCCUCCCGUAGGUAAAGAAGAGAACGAAAAAAAGAGAGAGAGAGAAGUCUCCACCCCCUUCUUCCCCGCUUCUUUUUCCCACCCACUUUUAGGAGUAGGACAAAAUAACGGAAAUUUUUAGAAGAAAAAUAGAUGAAAGCUCUCCGAAGAUCUCACACCUCGAAUUCCUCCUCUUCCUCACCAUCUUCAUCGUCGACCAUGUCGUCGUGGAUCCAUCUGAGAUCGCUUCUCAUUGUUGCCUCCUCACCUGUCCCCGAUCGUUCCGGACAUCAGUUUGCUGAUAUCUUCAGUCUAAAGCCUCAGCCUUUGGUAAUGAAGGGAGGCGAAAGAAAUAGGAGUAAUGGAGGUUCCCUUAAAUCACCAUGGUCUAGACGAAAAAGAAAACGUGCACUUACCAGGCAUCAAUGGUACAGUUUCUUUACACCAGAGGGAAAGCUUCGUGAUGGAGGGUUGAAGUUUCUAAAAAAAGUCCGCAGUGGAGGAGUGGACCCAAGCAUCAGAGCUGAGGUUUGGCCUUUCCUUCUGGGAGUCUACAACCUAAACAGUUCAAGGGCUGAAAGAAAUGCUGUUAGACAACAGAAAAGGAAAGAAUAUGAGAAACUAAGGAGACGGUGCCGGCGACUUCUAAAGCUAAGCAAUGAGGGAGACAAGGAGUUGAAGGAAAUAGUCCAAGUCAGUUAUGCUGAAAGCCCCAUUUUUAUUGAGGGCCAUGAAUCUCCUGGCUCUGAAGAUGUGUUUAGUGCCAGGGAGUCCCCCUCUGUCGAUCGAGGAAGCCCAGUUGAUGGCGGCACAGAGCAACCAUCACGAGAUGAGACCUCUGCCUCCAACUCAUGUAAUGUCGAAGAAGAAGACAAGAGUGGAAUCACUCAUGUCAAUGAUGCAUCUGCAGGGGAGACUGAAUCCUCCGAUACUGAAUCCUCUACUGAAGAUGAACCUGAAAGCGAUUUGAUGUACUCUGCUGCAGAAGGUAACAUGGAAACUGAUCCUAAGUAUAUUAAGAUUACUUCAAUUAAAGGGGAUAAUCCUAAAUCUAGUCGAACAGCUGAGGACUAUGCCACAUGGCAGCGUAUCAUCCGUUUAGAUGCAAUACGGGCUAAUGUGGAGUGGGUCAUCUACUCUCCAGCCCAAGCUUUAGUCUCUGAGGACAAGGCACUCAAGUCUGCUGUUGCUGUUGGUUUGAAGGACUAUGACCACUUGGAGCCAUGCAGAAUCUACCAUGCUGCACGCUUGGUUGCUAUUCUUGAGGCAUAUGCACUCUAUGACCCAGAAAUUGGCUACUGCCAAGGUAUGAGCGACCUCCUAUCUCCCAUACUUGCAGUCAUGGAGGAGGACUACGAAGCAUUCUGGUGCUUUGUGGGUUUCAUGAGGAAAGCCCGGCAUAACUUUAGGCUUGAUGAAGUUGGCAUACGGAGACAGCUGAACAUUGUAUCAAAGAUCAUCAAGUCCAAGGACUUGCACCUGUUUCGUCACUUGGAGAAACUUCAGGCAGAGGACUGCUUCUUUGUCUAUAGAAUGGUGGUGGUUUUGUUCCGCAGGGAGCUGACUUUUGAGCAAACUGUGUGUUUAUGGGAGGUGAUGUGGGCAGACCAGGCAGCAAUCAGGGCAGGGAUUGGGAAGUCUGCAUGGGGGAGGAUAAGGCUGCGGGCUCCUCCCACUGAGGACUUGCUGCUGUAUGCCAUUGCAGCCUGUGUUCUGCAGAGGAGGAAGCUGAUCAUAGAGACGUACAGCAGCAUGGAUGAGAUCAUUAGAGCGUGCAACAACAUGGCAGGGCAGCUGGAUGUCUGGAAGCUCUUGGAUGAUGCCCAUGAUCUAGUGGUCACCCUACAUGAUAAAAUUGAAUGACCUGGUGUUUAUUCAUUGUGCACCAUGUUUUAGUCAUCUCUCCCUUAUUGGGUUCUUUGCUCUUUGCUCGCGUCAAUAAUACCAGUUGCUGUGAUAAAGCAAUACCACUGAUGCCGUAGUGAAAGAGAAUUUGGAGAACCCGACAUUGGAGUCAAUGGAGACUAUCAUGUUGUUCUAAUACUUAAGAAGAAUCAUUCCAAUUUAUACUAGUGCAGUCAAUUCCAAUUCUUGCAUGCUUGUUUUUUGUUUUGUACCUCUCGAUUUGGUAUUCGGUAAGCCUUGUAGGUGAAUGGGUUGGCUAAAUUUGCUACAGAUGAAUGAACUCAAUGAAGAUUUGUCAUGUAAAUUGCCUUUGUUGCCAGAUUUCUUAAAUAUGUGCCCAACAUCAGUUUCUUUA